CAUCUUUCUCCUACUCUCUACCAGUUUGGCAAAGUUGCCAUUUUGCUUUCUAGCAUCGGUUACCUGGAACCCAGUCACCUGUCGCCUAUCUUGCAUCCUACCUGCCUGCCUACCUGCCCGUCUGCCUACCUGCCUGACCCUCUGCCUGAUCCCUGGAAUUUUGACCGGUGUCACUAGUAUUGCUGCUGAUUGCCCUGCCGGCUCUUUCCUCAGCCAGUGAGAAGAACGACAAUCUAGUCAUGUCACUGAACCCAAGUCUGGAGAACAUAGUUCCUAACAUCCCUGCUAACCAAUCGGAAAAUCAAGCUAAUAAGGCUAAGACAGUUGUUGUUCUCAAAGGGAUUGAGAACAACGUGGACCAGUCCCCCUCACUCAAGGUUGGUCAAACCAACCUGGAAUGGCAGACCUUUGAUGGCUCUCUCCCCAACGGAGCAGUUUCAAGCUACAACGAAUACGUUAAACGCACUGACUACGUUGGCAAAUUCAGGCGCGAGGCCGGCUUCUACAACCCUGAGAAGAAUCCUUGCUUCCUCUACUACCCCUAUUGUAAUAAAGAGCUCCAUGGCUCCCCAUUUGAGAUCCUGGUAAACAAAGACAACUUUGAGUUUUUGGAAUGGAAGGAUGGCUCCUGGGGUUCAGUGCCUGAUAAUGCAGUCGAGACCUACUCCGGCAGCAAUGUAUAUGUUGGGAAGAACCAGUAUGGUCUUGGCAAGGUAGAUGUUCAAAAUAAGUGUUUCUACCUUCCGUGGGAAGGUUAUGAGUAUUGGUACAGGGACUACGAGGUCCUGACCGUUAACAAAGAUGCAAUCAGCGAGGACAUAUCUGAUGUCAAAUAUAAAACUGAUGAUGUUAAAAUCAUUCAGCAUCCUCCAGAGACCAUGCAAAAGUCUGUCCUCACCAACAAUGAGUGCCAUUCAGUGAAACAAACAAAUACCCUCUCAAAGACAACCCAAAGGGAGCAAAGGUGGGACACCAGCUUUUCGUUUACAGUGGGCGUCAAGAGUACCAUCACUGCCGGAAUCCCCGAAAUCAUGUCCGCAAGCGUUGAGGUUAGCGCUGAAACGACCCUCCAGUACACCAAGGGGACCACUCAUAUCGAGUCGACCACCCACACUGUUUCUGUUGAGGCUGAAAUACCAGCAAAACACUCCUGCCGUGUCAGUAUGGUGGGAUAUAAGUACACAGCAGACAUCCCAUACACUGCACGCCUCAAGCGCACCUACAGAAAUGGGAAGACCACAUGGAUGUCCAUCUCUGGGACCUACAAAAGUGUCCAAAUGGGAGAAGUCCGGGGUGUGGUGGAUCACAGUGAACCUAUACCUGAUGCCAAGCUCUGUCCCUGAGCAGUUUCAUGAGAUACGAAACCUGACAUAUUGUAUGUCCAUAACAUUGUAAUGAAAAGCUAAAAAUAAACCUGCUUUUGUUUUAUGUGCCUUAACAUAUUUUAUAAGACAGUAAAACUAAUUCAAUUUAAA